AUGUUAGAUUGGGAUUCUAUUCUAGCCUAUAACACAAUCAAAGUGGUUCGAAUAAGAGAUAGGCGUCUUGGAAUCCUUCAUUUAAUUUUUAUGAUUGCAAUUAUUUCAUAUGUUGUAAUAUAUUCAGCAAUUAUUAAAAAAGGAUAUCUUUCAAUAGAAGAACCUGUUGGUUCUAUUAGGACCUCAUUAUGGAGUCCAAAUCAAUUUAAUGGUAAUGAAUCAUAUUGUAAAAAUAAUGCAAAACCAUAUCCAUAUGAAAAAUUAGAUUGUGUUUAUUAUGAUGACGCUUUAGCUCUCUAUCCUAUUGGUGAUGAUGUUGGCUUUACGGCGUCCACUAGGAUUGAAAUUUCAGAUCAAAAGGCAAACUGUAGUUUAAUGAAUCCAUCUUGUAAAUUUAAAACCUUUAACUAUAGUAAUGUUUAUUUAGCAGAUAUUGAAAGUUUUACAGUUUUAAUUGAUCAUACAAUGUAUGCACCAUCUUCUCAAAUUCAAUUUAAUGGUGGUGAUUUAAGUGGAUAUGUUUUAGAUCAAAAUGGUAAUGAAAUUCAAUUAAAUGAAUCUGUAAAUGUAAUUGGUGUUGAAGGUAAACCUGAUGUACUUGAAAUUAGUAAACUUUUAGAAUUUGCUGGUGUUAAUUUAGAUGAUCCAUCAUUGACAAAUUCAAGUAAUCCAAUUAGAUAUGAUGGAUGUGUUUUAUUUGUAUUUAUUGAAUAUUCAAAUACAUUUUCAUAUGAUUUGAAUAAAAUUAAAUAUGUUUAUUCAAUUAAAUUAGUUGAUGAUACAAUUUAUAAUAUACCAGAAGUAGUAAUAUUAGAUGAUGUAAAUUCAAGAUUAUAUUAUAAACGUCAUGCAAUUAGAUUAAUUUUCAUUCAAACUGGUGUAAUUGGUUCAUUCAAUUUUCAAUCAUUACUUUUAACAUUAGUUAGUGGUCUUGGUUUAUUAACUGUAUCAACUUUAAUUGUUGAUCAAUUGGCAAUUAGAUUUUUACCACAAAGAAAAUCUUAUAGUUCACUUAAAUUCCAAACAACUGAAAGUUUUAAAAUGAAAAAAAAAAUUGUAAAUGAUGAUGGUGAAGAUAAACUUUAUCAUAACAUUGAAGCUCUAUAA